AUGGACGCAAGCAAGGCUUUCGAUGCCGAAAAGGGUCUCGCUCAGGUCACUACCGAGUCUCCUGAAUACGAGAUUCAGGCUGGUCAGCAGAAUGAGCUUAAGCGUUCGCUCAAGAACAGACACAUGCAGAUGAUUGCCAUCGGUGGUGCAAUCGGCGCUGGUUUCUUCGUCGGUGCUGGUGGUGCUCUCUCAACUGGUGGUCCAGCGAGCUUGAUCAUAGGAUUCAGCAUCAUCGGAGUCAUGUUGAUGGCUACUAUGCAAGCCUUGGGAGAGUUGACCGUCUUGUACCCCGUUAACGGUGCUUUCUUCACAUACGCCUGCCGUUUCAUCUCCGAGUCCUGGGGUUUCGCCAUUGGAUGGCAAUACGCCAUCCAAUGGUUGACCAUCCUUCCUUUCGAACUUACUGCCGCUUCUAUCACGAUCGACUUCUGGAAGGGAGCAGCCAACAUCAACGUUGGUGUGUGGAUUGCUGUCUUCCUUGUUGCUCUGUGUGCCAUUCAGUUCUUCGGUGUCCGCGCUUAUGGUGAGGUUGAGUUCGUGCUCUCAAUCAUCAAGAUCGUCGCAUGUAUUGGCUUCAUCAUCCUCGGUAUUGUCAUCGAUGUCGGCGGUGUCCCUACUGAUACUCGUGGCUACAUUGGUGCUACCUACUGGGGCAACCCAGGUGCUUUCCGCAACGGCUUCAAGGGCUUCUGCAGUGUCUUCGUUACCGCAUCUUUCGCCUUCGGUGGCACUGAGUUGGUCGGUCUCGCAGCUGCUGAGUCUGCCAACCCCAGAAAGGCUCUUCCCCAGGCUGUCAAGCAGGUCUUCUGGCGUAUUGCCUUCUUCUACAUCGUUGGCCUCUUCAUCCUCGGUCUCGUCGUUCCUUCUGACAACCCCAACCUCCUCCACGCCCACGGCGCCAACAGCCAGUACUCUCCCUUCGUCAUUGCCAUCCGUCUUGCUGGUAUCAAAACCUUGCCAAGCAUCUUCAACGCUGUUAUCACAGUCUCUGUUAUCAGUGUCGCCAACAGCUCUGCAUUCGCCUCUACCCGCACCAUCCAGGCUCUCGCCGCUCGCGGCAUGGCUCCCAAGUUCCUUGCCUACGUUGACAAGAAGGGUCGUCCCAUUCCUACCAUCAUCCUCCAGAUGUCCAUGGGUCUUCUCGCUUUCGUCAACUUGGCCGCUGCUGGUAGCGUUCUUUUCACUUGGCUCUUGUCCCUUACCGGUCUUGCCAACUUCUUCGUUUGGGGCAGCAUCAACCUUUCCCACAUCCGUUUCCGCAAGGGUUGGGCACACUCUGGUCGCACCCUCGAGCAGCUCCCUUACAAGGCCAAGUUCGGCGUCAUCGGCAGUUACGUCGGUCUCUUCCUCAACGUCAUCUGUCUCGUUGCUCAGUUCUACGUUGCCCUCUUCCCCAUUGGCGGCAAGCCUGACGCUGCCAACUUCUUCGAGUCUUACCUCGCCGGUCCCGUCAUCUUCACCCUCUUCAUUGGCUGGAAGUGCUGGACUCGCGACUGGAAGAUGUGGAUCAGCGCCUCUGACAUGGAUGUCACCACCGACAUGCGCGAAUUCGAGGAUGAUGAGGAGGAGACUGUCAAGGCCACUGGCUUCAUGGGCAAGGUCAAGUCUGUCACCUCUGCUUUCUUCUAA